UUUUUUCACUUUAUGCUUCUGGUGGGUAUAGAAAGUUGUGAAGAGUUGUUCAAAAUUCAAAGCCUUUGAAUUGAAGAAUGUGCAUAGCUUUGUUUCUUUGGCAAGCCCACCCUCUCUACCCUUUCCUUCUCCUCAACAACAGAGAUGAAUAUCACAACCGACCUACGAAGGCUAUGUCAUGGUGGGAAGAUAGUGAUAUAGUUGGAGGAAGAGACGAGAUAGGUGGAGGAACAUGGUUGGCUUGUUCAAGAGAUGGAAGAGUGGCUUUUCUCACCAAUGUUUUGGAACUUCGUUCCCUCCCUGAGGCUAAAACCAGAGGAGAUCUACCUGCAUCAUUUCUUAAGAGUGGGAAACAACCUAAAGAAUUUGCUGAAAGCCUAAAAGGAGAAGGUGAUUAUUACAAUGGAUUCAACUUGAUUGUGGCUGAUAUUUCCUCCAAAUCAAUGAUUUACAUCACCAACAGACCCAAAGGACAGCCAAUUAGAAUUGAAGAGGUUUCUUCUGGUCUGCAUGUUCUUUCAAAUGCCAAACUGGACUCACCCUGGCAUAAGGCGCAGCGACUUGAAGUAAGUUUCAAAGAAGAGCUAGCCAAGUAUGGGGAUGGUGAGAUACCAAUGAAGGAGGUGCUUCAAAAGCUAAUGAAGGACAAAACUAAAGCUGAUGAAACUCAUCUACCUCACAUACGCAAUCUUGAUUGGGAAUUCAAUUUGAGUUCCAUUUUUGUUGAAGUAGAAACUCCACUGGGUUUGUAUGGCACUAGGAGUAGUGCUGCCAUAGUCGUGAAAUCAAGUGAAGAAGUAAGUUUCUUUGAGGCCUAUCUUGAAGAGAGCAUAUGGAAGGAACAUGUCAUUGAUUUCCACAUAGAGAAGAUGAAGUUGGCAAAAGGGCAUACAAAGUAGCAAGGAAUGAAGUUAUCAGUUCCAAGAAACCAACUCUUUGCAUCAGAGUUUAUUUUUCUUUGUUUUAGUUUUUCCUUCCUAAGCCUUUGGUUGAGAAUCGCUUCCUGCACCUCGUCAAUUUCUAUUUGCACCUCAUCAAUUACUAUUUGCAAGCUUUGUGUGUUGUUGUGUGUUUCCCAGCAAGCUUUGUUGGAGAUGCUAGUGGUGUUGGUGAUUUGCGUAAUUGAGGCAACUUGUGGUGAGGUGCUGGAAAAUGUUUUUCAUGGUGCAUAGUGGGUAAAAUGGUGAAGGUAAAUUUUUCGCAAGUAAAAAUCCAGAAAUAAGCUUCUGGAAAAUGUGAUCAGGUAUAGGUGUGAGAAGUGGUAAAUGAUUUUCUGAAUUCUUCCUUCCGGAAAUGUAAAAUAUCAUUCCGAAAAUAUUAAUUCGGGAGAUGUUUAGGUGACCAUACAUAACACUUCUGGAAAAUAAAUUCCGUAUUGUAUUA